UUGUUCUCCAGCUUAUUACCAAUUCAUAAAGUCCCUCGUUUUGUAUAUAAAUACAUGCAAAAUCCCUUCUCCAUGUCAUUACAAUCCUCUCGGUUCAUAGUCUUGUCAAAACACCAAUGUCUAGCAAGAAAUUGUUGUCAUGGCUCUACCUGAUCUCUCUGGUACUGCUGCUUUGGACCUCCGAGGUUGUUGCUAUCGCUCCCGGCAACACGAAGUAUCCGGCGCUGUUCGCGUUCGGGGACUCAAUCCUCGACACGGGCAAUAACAAUAACCUCAGGACGCUGAGCAAGUGCAAUUACCCCCCUUACGGCAGGGAUUUUCCCGGAGCGAUACCCACCGGCCGAUUUGGCGAUGGGAAAGUCCUCUCGGACGUGAUAACGGAAGGGCUAGGAAUCAAAGAGCAAUUACAAGCAUAUUUGGAUCCUAAUCUACAGGACAAGGAUCUUCCGACAGGCGUUUGCUUUGCUUCGGGCGGCUCAGGCUUAGAUCCGCUAACCGCUGGGUCACAGGGCGUAUUGACCAUGGGAGAUCAAUUGAAGCGCUUCAACGAGUACGUGGGGAAGCUGAAUGCGGUCGCCGGAGCUGAAAAUGCCACCGCCAUACUCAACAGCAGCCUUUAUCUGAUGUCUGCAGGCAACAACGACAUUGCCUACACCUACUUAUCCGCCCGCCUCAGUCCUAUGCCCUUCCCUGCGUACGCCGAUUUCUUGGUUAACUCCACUUCGACUUUCAUCAGGGACUUAUAUGCACUUGGUGGGCGUAAAUUUGCGCUCCUGGCCGCUUUACCAUUGGGAUGCUUGCCAUCAGGUAGAGCUUCGGCAGGGGGCAUUCUGUGCUCGGUGUUGGCCAACGAAUAUGCACAAUUGUUCAACACUAAACUCUCCUCCAUGUCGAGUUCGCUCAGCAGUGAACUUGCGGAUUCCCGGAUAGUCUACAUCGAUGUCUAUGAGCCUCUCCUCAAUCUGAUACAAAACCCUAAUCAAUUUGGUUUUCGAGUUGCUAACAUAGGAUGCUGUCGCGUGCAAACGUUGCUAUGCAAUCCGCUGAAUCCAAUCACUUGUCUGGACAUACCGGAUUAUGUUUUCUGGGACGCCGCUCAUCCUUCCGAGAAAGCCUACCGCACUCUCGCUCCCGCUAUCGUCCAGGCGUGUUCAAACAUGUAGCGCGGCAACUCCACGAGCUGAUUAGUGCGAUAUUGUGUGAAGUCGCACCCUUCAUGUCUACCAUACAAAGAAUCAUUUGUCUCUUGGUUUAGUGCUGGUGAUAGUACUUGAUGGAUGUUUUGCGAGUCAUAGCCAUCUGAAUCAUAUACGUGCGUUAGGAGUAUAACAUUGCGCGUGAAGUUAUUUUCAAAAA